AUGCUGCUUAGAAUGAACAAUGCAUAAUAUAUAAUAGUAAAUUUAAAGGAUGGGUAUAAAGAACAUGUGAUAAAUGCUCCCUUAACUGCAACAACAUUCGACUUAUGGAUCAUAGAGUUUUUAGUAUUAUAAUUAAGAUAAUUGAAUAUUCCAAUUAGAAUGGCUAUUGUGAUUAUAACUUUACUUCAUGUGUAGCAAAAACUUGUACGACACACACAAAAUAUAACCAUUAAUUACUCAAAUUGUAAUAACUGGUUAUCUUCUUGUAUAGUUGGUACUCCAACAAGUUGCAUUCAAAAACCAUUUAAUUGUGCUGAUUAUGUUAAUUAUGAUUAACAUUAUGAGAUAUAUAAUUCGAAUUAUCCAUUCACUUGGGUUGAUGAUGCAUUUUUUAAAAGGACUUUUACAAAUCAUGGCUUUUCAGUUACAGUUUUUAAUUAAGCUGAUCGUAACAAUUGGCCAUCUUCUUAUACUGUUAAUCCAGAUAUUUUGGUUGUAAAAAACCCAAGAACUUAUACAAUCAAUGAUCCUAUAUUUAAUCAUAAUAAAUGUACAAAUGGUUAUGAACUUGCACAAAUACAAAUACAGUUUGUACAUUUAUAGGGAUAGAAUAUUAUAUUUUUUACUCAUGAUACUUAUAAUUCUUGGUUAUUAUCUUGCACAUUUAGUUGGGAUAAAUUUGGUUGUGAAACUAAAACAUGUACAAAUUAUGGUUAAUAAAUAACUACUUUUAAUAAUUCUAAUUGUUAAUCAUGGUUUUCAGAUAUAAUGGAACUGCUUGUUAGUCAACUAAAGAUUGUACAUCAGGAGUAUUUACUACUAUUCCUACUUAAAAUAGUUAUCUUGAAUAAUGUACAAUAAAUAGUUAUUUAAUAUUAAUAUUAAUAUUAAUAUACAUAUUAGAGUGGAUCAUAUUGCACAAACAAAACUUGUUCAUCCUAACUACAUACUUAGUAAUUCAGCUUCAGUGGUUUAUAAAUGAAAACUUGCUAUCAUCAUAGAGCUUCUAUUUCAUAUUUUACUCAUGAAUCAUAUGAUAAUUGGUUAUUUUAUUGUACUGUUAAUAGUUUCUAACACAGGAUGUAGAUCAAAAACUUGUACUAACGGUGAAAGUCAUGUAACAUCAUUUAUAAAAGCUGAAUGUAAUCCUUCAUGUAAUGGAACAGGUUCAGCAUGUUAAGAAAUUAUAACCAAAGCAAGUUCAAAAGCUACUCUUGUAUUUCCCAGUUUUAGCAGACAAGAACUAUUUAGGUAGUGGCAAUUAAUUAGCUUUAGAUGCUAUAAAUAAAUUUUAAAAAAAUUACCGUUUAUAUCAAAAAUGA